CAGGAGCCCCGCCCCUUUCCCGUUUGGCCCGCCCCCUCCGCACCCUCGCGCCGCCGCCCAACGUGGUGAGGCAGCGUGGCUGCAAGCACAAGGCCGAAGGCCGUUGAGGGCCGGGCCGUAGCGGCGCCGCCUGUGGCGGGGAGAGGCCUGGGGGCAAUUGGAGGCCGAGCGGAGGGGGGGCCUCCCCUUCGCCGAAAGGCAAACUAGCGAAGCAGACUCGUUGAUUAUUUAAAUUUUCGGGGGAGUGAGAAGUUACUGAGCUACCUGCCUCAGCUGUGCCUCUACCAGUGCUGCAGGGAUGGGUUACCUGAAGCUGCUGGUGGUGAAGGACUUCAAGUCAUGGAGGGGGGAGCAGGUUAUUGGCCCCUUCAUGAGGUUCAACUGCAUCAUUGGGCCCAAUGGAUCAGGAAAAUCUAACAUAAUGGAUGCUGUUAGUUUUGUGAUGUGUGAAAAGAUAUCUAAUUUGCGAGUUAAAAGUGUUCGAGAACUUAUUCAUGGAGCACAUGUUGGAAAACCAGUUUCUUCUACAGCUAGUGUGAAGAUAGUAUACUGUGAAGAAGAUGGAGAAGAAAAAACAUUUUCAAGAGUUAUCCGAGGUAGUUGUUCUGAAUAUUUUUUCAAUGAUAAAUCUGUCAGCCGAUCUGCUUACAUAUCUGAGCUUGAAAAAGUAGGCAUACUUGUCAAAGCAAGGAAUUUUCUUAUUUUUCAGGGAACAGUAGAAUCAAUUGCAAUGAAGAAGCCAAAGGAGAGAACUCAGCUUUUUGAGCAAAUCAGUAAUUCAUGGGAAUAUGCUGAAGACUAUGAACAAAAAAAGAAAAAAAUGCAGCAAGCAGAACAGGAUGCACAGUUUAAUUAUAAUAAGAAAAAAAGUGUUGCAGCAGAACGCAAGCAAGCAAAGAUGGAGAAAGAAGAGGCAGAGCAUUACCAGAUGCUUCUCAAGGAACUGGAUGAAGAAAGGAUACAGCGGCAGCUUUUCCGGCUUUAUCACAAUGAAAAACACAUUGACUUUCAGAAAAAAAAUUUGGAUGAAAAGAAUAUGGAGGCUAGUAUUAAGAAAGAGUCUCUUUCUGCAGCAGAAGAUGCAUUUAGAGCCAAGAAAAAAGUACUUGGUGUGCUAAACAGAGACCAACAGAACAUGGAAAAAGAAAUGAAGACUCUAGAAGCAUCACUGAUUCAGCAGAGACCCCUCUAUAUAAAAGCAAAGGAAAACACUUCUUACCAAAUCAAGAAAGUAGAAAUGUCUAAAAAAUCUCUAAGGGACAAGGAGAAAUCAUGUGAUAAGGAAAAACAGAACAUAAAAGAACUAGAGACAGAAUUGGAUGAUAUUGAGAAGGCGUGGAGAGCGUUUGAAAAGAAAGCUGAAGAGGAGAUACUGAAGAGAGCAGCACGUGUUGAGCUGGGAGACAGUCAGUUGGAGCGCUAUAAGGAACUAAAGGAAAUAGCAAGAAAGAAAGUAGCUACACUAACCCAGCAGCUAGAAAAACAUUGUUGGGAGGAUAAAGCAGAUCACGAAAGGCUGAAACUUAAUCAGCGCAAGAAACAAGAAGUUCAGGAAAACAUAAAACGGACUGUGGAACAGAUAGAAGAGCAUAAAAAACGAAUAGAGAAGUUGGAAGAAUAUGCCAAGAUGUGCACUGAGUCAUUAGCAGAGAAAAAACAGCAAGAGGAAGUGCUAACUAAGGAAGUUGAAAACGCAACAAAACGAAUGGCUGAAGUGAAUGAAGAAUUGAAUAAAAUAGUUGGUGAACUGCAGAAUGCCAAAAUUGAUUACCAUGAAGGAAGGCGUCAGCAAAUGAAAGCAGAGAUCCUGGAAAGUCUGAAAAGACUAUAUCCGGAUUCUGUGUUUGGAAGACUGCUUGACCUGUGUCAUCCUAUUCAUAAAAAGUACCAGCUUGCUGUUACAAAGGUAUUCAGCAAAUACAUGACUGCUAUUGUUGUUGCCACUGAAAAAACAGCAAAAGAUUGCAUUCGAUUCCUAAAACAAGAACGAGCUGAACCUGAAACUUUUCUUGCUUUGGAUUACCUUGAUGUUAGACCAAUCAACGAAAAGUUGAGAGAGAUAAAAGGAGCUAAAAUGCUGGUGGAUGUUGUGCAAACUCCAUUUGCUCCACUGAAAAAAGUGAUUCAGUUUGUGAGUGGGAAUGGCCUGGUCUGUGAAACAGUUAAAGAAGCAAAGCAAAUAGCAUUUGAUGGACCAGUGAGGUUGAAAACAGUGGCUCUUGAUGGAACAUUAUUUUUGAAAUCUGGAGUGAUUUCUGGAGGAUCCAGUGACUUAAGAGUUAAAGCUAGAUGUUGGGAUGAGAAAGAGAUGAAUAAAAUGAAAGAAAAAAGAGAUAGUUUGAUUAAUGAGUUAAAGGACUUAAUGAAGAUCAAACGAAAGGAGACUGACUUGAAGCAGUUGUAUGCUCAGUGCCAUGGAAUUCAGAUGCGCCUUAAAUAUUCACAGACUGAAUUAGAGCUUAUUAAAAAGAAACAUCUCGCUAAUCUCUACACGGAAAAAUCAAAACUGGAAAGUGAACUGUUAAAUAUUGAGUCUCAGCAUGAUAUGCUGAAUGAAGGAGUAGCACAAAGAAAAGAAAAAAUUGAAGAAUUUCAGAAAAAAAUUAAUGAGGCUGAAGAUGCUGUUUUCCGGGAAUUCUGUGAAGAAAUUGGUAUAGAAAAUAUUCGUGUGUAUGAACAAGAACAUGUCAGACAACAAGAGGAGAUUGAUAAGAGAAGACUGGAGUUUGAAAAUCAGAAGACACGACUAAACUUUCAGCUGGAAUAUAAUCGUGAUCAUCUACAAAAAUUAACAAAUGCAGUUAGCAAGUUCAGGGAGACCAUUCGUAAAGAUGAAGCUGAGAUUAUUGGGCUACAGAAGGAUGAGGAGAAGUUUUUAAAGAAAGUGAAUGAACUUGUGAAGGAGCAGGAACAUCUUAAAGAUAGAUUAAAUGUCCAUAAAUCUGAGGUUAUAAAAACCCAGAAAGAAGUUGAAGAGUUAAGAAGGACAAUGUUGGCCCUUAACAGGGAAGCUACGAAAUUACAAAAGGAAGCUACAGCUAUAGAAACCUCUCUAGAAGAGAAAAGAUUAAGAAGACACAAUAUGCUUCUUGAAUGCAAGGUGCAGGACUUGAAAAUAAAGCUCCUGUUUGGAUCACUGGAUGACAUCAGUGAAGUAGAGCUAGGAACUGAAACAGAAGGCACUGAGACUACAUCAAGUAUCUAUGAGAGGGAAGAGGCAAUUCAGAUAGACUACAGCAGCCUAGCAGAAGACCUGAAGGAGCUAGAGUCUCAUAAAGAGAUAGAGGAUCGUCUGAACCAGAUACAGCAGGAAAUAAAAGCUAAAGAAAAUACUUUAAUGAAGACAGCUGCUCCAAACCUCAGAGCAGGAGAGAAAUUACAGAUAGCUCGGGACAAGUUCCAAGAAUCAAUAGAUGCUUUUGAGACCAGCAGAAAGGAGGCCCGAACAUGCAAGCAAGAAUUUGAACAGGUGAAAAAAAGAAGAUAUGAGCUUUUUAGCCGGUGCUUUGAGCACGCCUCCGUAGCUAUUGAUCAGAUCUACAAGAAACUUUGCAGAAACAGUAGCGCUCAGGCAUUCCUUAGUCCUGAAAAUCCUGAGGAGCCUUAUCUGGAAGGCAUUGGCUUUAACUGUGUGGCUCCAGGAAAGCGCUUCAUGCCAAUGGACUGUUUAUCAGGAGGUGAAAAAUCUGUGGCAGCUCUGGCUCUUGUGUUUGCUAUACACAGUUUUCGGCCAGCGCCUUUUUUCGUUUUAGAUGAGAUAGAUGCUGCCCUGGAUAACACAAACAUUGAUAAAAUCAUUGAAAAAAUGUUGCUGUCUGCAGUGAACUAAUACAUAUUUAAGAUCUUAGUGUACAGCCAGUAACAACAUUUUCACACUUUUUAUUCUUUAUUCAGGAAUUUCCACCUCCUUCCUUUGAAGUUAUAUUAAGUAAUACACUUUUAAUUGGCACUGGCCUUUUUCUGUAACUUUCUUCAUUGGAGAGAAUGAUUAUUUUCUUACACACUUUCAAAAAGCAGCAAAUCUGAGAGGUAGUCUUAAGAACACGCAAAGUAUUUGCCUUAAGACUGUUUUCUCAUUUUACUUACUUAUUUCAUAAUUGAAUGACUGAAUUUUGCAGCCAACGUAGUUCAGUUCUUACAUCAUCAUUCCCUAAUUAUAACAUGGUUUAAGUCUGCCAGAACUAACAUGUUGAAAUGUUUGGCUUCUUUCCAAAGGUAUCGAGUUUCAUUAGAGAACAGGCACACGAACGGUUUCAAAUGAUAGUUAUUUCUCUAAAGGAAGAGUUUUACUCCAAAGCAGACGCAUUGAUUGGAGUGUGUCCGGAGGUAACAAUUAUUACCAAAUUUUGUUAAAUAAUACAUGCUGGGUUUUGCUGAAGUACUGAUUUACACGUUAAGUGUUACUGCAGUGAAUCACGUACAUCACUGUGUUGCUCGAUUUUAACUACUUUGUGUUCAGAAAUAUGUGCAGGUACUGGCUCGAUGAAAAGAUCAUUUUGGUAACUCAAGUUCAUUAUUGUAUCUCGUAGUCAUUUAGAAAUGCUUAUUUCAAAUGACAGAAAUGUUUUAAAUUGCAUGAUCCUUCUUCUCCUCAGCGUGAUGAUGUUAUGUUCAGUCAAGUACUGACUUUGGAUCUUACCCAGUAUCCAGACACUGAUGACCAGGAAAGAAACGAGAAGCACAAGCGCAGUUCUGUUUCAGAAUAAAGCAUGGAUGAUUUCUAGCCCAGGUGACAAGAAGCGUGUUUAAAGCUGUUAGAAAUCUGAGUUUGAAUGUUAGAGGUUGAUAGAGAAAUGUUUACCUUUCAAACCAAUAAGUUUUCUUAAAUAUUGAAGGAAGUAACUGUUAUUCAUCAAUACAGUUUCGUUAACAAGUAAGAGAUAGCCAGAGGUGGCUGUGGAAGUAUGUACACUAAAAGCAUUCUCUUCAAAUAUUUUGGUUUUUUUUUUUUGCCUUAAGCUGGAUGAUUACUGGUUCACAUAAGCACAGAAGAAUAAAGCUCUUGCUUUUCUUACGAAAAGUAAUGUGCUUAGCCAUGGCUCCAGGGCACUGCUUAGGUGUGUGCUACCACUUUACAGUCUGUUUUUUGUUGCUGCUGCAUCCAUUUCCCUUCAGAUGGGAUCAUUUCCUAUUUUUCUUAAAAGAACAUGAUACCAGAAUCUGCCUAUAACCUUUAUCUUUUGUGAUGUCCAGCAAGACUUGAGUCUUUCAUUGCAACCUUAUGAAAAUAUUAGUUAACUUUACAGAAGCUCAUGAUGUAUCUCUAUAGGUAUAAUGUAACCUGGAAAACUUCCAUCUUUGAGGUAUUCUACCCCCCACAAAAGUGGAAAGCAUAAAACAACUGUGAGUCAGAUGCUGUAGAGGUACCAGCCUUAGAAGAAAGUACAUUGGUUUGCAGUUGAGAUUGUUACUAUGUAGCUGUCCCAGUAAAGUUUAUUUUGAUGGCUGUGCUUUAUCUAGGAGAAGUUACUGAAAUUGGUUACAGGACACUGAGAGAGCUUAAAUCACUUUGGCUUCUAUUCCACCUUGGUGUAUGCUGAAGAGCUUUAUUUGGUUUAUGGUUGUUCAUAAUAAUUACAUCUUGUGUUCCUGUACUAGAUUCCUUUUGUUUAUUAUGUUGCUUAUACACAUCUACCUUGUAAUGUGUUGCUAAUACUGUGCUAGUUGCACACAACUGAGGGUGUCUGGACAUGUGGGGUUACUGCAUACGGAAGGAAUUACAUGUGAGCACAGUAGAUUGUGUUCCUAUGGGAACAUUUCAACAACAUAAAUGUGUCCACUUGGGCUGUAGGCAGAUGCUUAUCAAAUAUUUAUGUUGCUGCCACAUGUUAUUAAAUAAAAUUGUUUACUCUGCAUUAACAUCAGUCCCUUAAUUCAGAAUCCCGUGACAGAUGUGGAGAUACUUGGAGUAGUGUGAAGUACAAAUAGAAGAGCAGCCUUGAGUGAUUUUCAAAGCUCUCUGACCUGCAUCAGUCUUUGUAUUGCAAACACAGAUGAUGUGGUUUUGUGUUUUUUGAACCAUUUGCUAGGAAUAGUUGAAAUACAAAAAUACAGUAAAGAACUGAUCACAGUAUCACAGUAUGUUUGGGAUUGGAAGGGACCUCAAAAGAAUCAGUCUGAAGAAUAGUGAAAGCUACACCUUUUAGCUAACAUGCAAGAACGGUCUAUUUGGCUUUAAGUAUUUUAUUAAAAGAGUGUAUGCCAUCAUAAGAGAUAUCCUAUCAAAUUCAUUAUACAGUUUGAGCAAAACAGAAUAAUAAAUGGUCAACAAGUUUGUUUUCAGUAACUAUUUUACUUAAAAAAAAAAAAAAUAGAAAA